AUGGGAGAGACCAACCUGACAAACCCCUUCGUCUUUAGAGUCGUCAAUGCCCAGGGCACCGACGAGGAGCAAAGAAUAUACGGCUUUUGGAGUACUAGCUGGUACAUCAAACGGACUGGUGUCGCAAGCGAAUCGGAAGCAGUUUCGUCUUCGUCUUCGUCCUUGUCGUCAUCGACUUCAUCGGUCACGCUAGACCCGGUUUCUUCGCCACCAACAACAUCGUCAACAAGUCCCUCGUCGACCACAUCAUCAACAGACACCCUGACAACAGUGGCCUCAGAUGGAGUAAAAGACACGGAAGACAAGGGUAUCGGCAAGAACACUAUAAUCGGUCUGACGGUCGGGCUCGUGGUCGCGGCAAUCCUCAUCACUGUGGGAGUGGUGUUCUGCCUUCGAAAACGCCGGAAAGACAAGACUGCUUCAACUCCUGCGCCAGUAUCCGCAGUGUCUUACGUCGAUAAUGCCCCUGCUCAAAAGCAGUCUGGUUAUCAUGCAGCGCAUGAGGUCUUUGCGCCGCCUUCCGAGUUGCAGGGCGCGCCACCGCUCUAUGAGCUUCCUGGUCACAGAUAG